CGGUUGCGAUUGUGAAACAAACCGCGUGUUUUCUCUUACCUUCUCAGUGAAUCGGAAUUCUAACACCCAAGUGGAGAAGAAGUUCAGAAUCCCUAUUUAAGUCUCUCUUCUACCAUACCCACAAACCCUUAAGAGAUUCAUCGAAAUUCAAUUCAAUUUUGAGUUUGCUCCAAUGGAGUGGGUUCGAGGAGAAGCAAUCGGUCAUGGCAGCUUCGCGACGGUCCAUUUGGCAAAGAGUAGUUCCAGUUCCUAUCAGUAUCCUUCAGUGAUGGCGGUGAAGUCUUGUGAUGUCGUCGACUCGGAUUCGCUCAAGAACGAGAAAGAAGUUCUGGGUGUGCUACGGAAUUGCCCACAAAUAAUCCGGUGUUACGGCGAUGAUUACAGUACUGAAAACGGUGAGCGAUUGUACAAUUUGUUUCUGGAGUAUGCGAACAGAGGCAGUCUGGCUAAUCAAUUGAAGAAAGCCGGUGGGUGUUUGCCGGAAUCCGAUGUCAGGCACUACACAAGAUCGAUUCUUCAAGGGCUUCAACACAUUCAUUCAAGCGGGUUUGCUCACUGCGACAUAAAGCUUCAGAAUUUGUUGUUGUUCGACAAUGGGGCAGUCAAAAUUGCUGAUUUUGGAUUGGCGAAGAAGUCAGGGGAGAAACAGAGCAGGGGACAAAUAAGAGGUACUCCUCUGUACUUGUCACCAGAAUCAGUUAAUGAAAACGAGUACGAGUCUCCGGCCGAUGUGUGGGCUCUUGGGUGUGCGGUGGUGGAGAUGGUGACCGGAAAAAACGCUUGGAAUUGUGGGCCCGAAGCCAAUGUUUUCAAGCUGUUGAUUCGAAUCGGAACUGGGGACGAAUUGCCAGUAAUUCCAGACGAAUUGUCCGAAGAAGGGAAAGAUUUCCUUGGCAAGUGCUUCGUUAAGGAUCACAGAGAGAGAUGGACGGCGGAGAUGCUUCUGAAUCAUCCUUUCGUUGCAGCCAGUGAAGACUUUAUCGUCGUUAACGACUAUACGACGGAGGACAGCAUACAAUUACAGUUAUCGCCGAGAUGUCCUUUCGAUUUCCCAGAUUGGGUUUCAGUCUCUGAUUCCCUCGUAUCUUCACCGGAAAUCAAUUUGUGUUUUGAUUAUUUACCGAAUCCGGCGGAACGAGUCCGAGAAUUGGCCAGUCGCUACACAAUUAGUUCAGAUUGGUCAUUCCCUGGAAGUUGGGUCAAUGUUAGGUGAACAGAGUAUUCUUUUGGUACAAGAAUUUGAUUGUAGAUUACGAUACGUUGUACAUAACAAUUUUGUAUAUUGAAUCAUUCAACUUACAUUCGAAAUCAAUUGCGAUUUUUGCUAUUUUCAUGGUUAAUUUUAUGAGAUUGGGACUGUUCUUGCAAA